AUGAUGUCUUAUCUCAAGCAACCACCUUAUGCAGUCAACGGGCUGAGUCUGACAACCUCGGGCAUGGACUUGCUUCAUCCUUCCGUGGGAUACCCGGCGACCCCUCGGAAGCAGCGGCGGGAGCGCACCACCUUCACCCGGGCGCAGCUGGACGUGCUGGAGGCGCUGUUCGCCAAGACCCGCUACCCGGACAUCUUCAUGCGCGAGGAAGUAGCUCUGAAAAUCAACCUGCCCGAGUCCAGGGUGCAGGUGUGGUUCAAAAACCGCCGGGCCAAGUGCCGCCAGCAGCAGCAGCAGCAGCAGAACGGGGGCCAGAGCAAAGUGAGGCCGGCCAAGAAGAAGAGCUCCCCGGCUCGCGAAGUAAGUUCGGAGAGCGGCACCAGCGGGCAGUUCACCCCCCCCUCCAGCACCUCCGUCCCAGCCAUUUCCAGCAGCAGUGCCCCCGUGUCUAUCUGGAGCCCAGCUUCCAUCUCCCCACUCUCAGACCCCCUGUCCACAUCCUCUUCUUGCAUGCAGCGAUCCUACCCCAUGACCUACACCCAGGCUUCAGGCUACAGCCAAGGAUACGCUGGCUCAACCUCCUACUUCGGGGGGAUGGACUGUGGAUCUUAUUUGACCCCGAUGCACCACCAGCUUCCUGGACCAGGGGCCACACUCAGCCCUAUGGGCACCAAUGCAGUCACCAGCCAUCUCAACCAGUCCCCAGCUUCCCUCUCCACCCAGGGCUAUGGAGCAUCAAGCUUGGGUUUUAACUCAACCACCGAUUGCUUGGAUUAUAAGGACCAAACCGCCUCCUGGAAGCUAAACUUCAAUGCUGACUGCUUGGAUUAUAAAGACCAGACAUCUUCAUGGAAGUUCCAGGUUUUGUGA